CCUAUUUGCGCCAAUGUAAAUUAUUAAUUACAAAUUAAAUUCUCAAAUUGUAUAAAUAAUGCCGUUGCCAACAAGUAAAUAGUUUGGUAUGAUUACAAUAAUUAAUAUUAUAUUUUAAUAAUAUGAACAAGCUUGCUUUUUCUUUUUUUUAUUUUGUUUAAAACUACAUUAGUGGUCACGGCUAAAAAAUUAAUUUUAAUUAUUAUACCGUUGGGUGGACUAUAUAUAUAUUUGAGACCUAUGUGCAAUGCCACACCUAGUAAUUGCGGCACUGCUAUAAGAACUAUAAUACAAGAAUAUUUUAAUUUUUUAAUUGUAAGCCUUCUAUAAUCUAUGUACCUAACUAUGUGACUGAUUUCCACCAUUGAUGUUAAAAUGUUUAACUUACGUUUACAAUGAUUUCUCCUUAAAUAAGAGUUAAAAUUAAAAUGUUAACUUUUAGAGUCAAAUUAAAAUUUGUUUUUGAAUAGUUGGUUCCUAACAAGUUUAGUUAAAUACCUACUAUUGUUCUAUACUACUAGUUAGUCACUUUUGAGUUUUACCAUAAUAAUAGGUACCUAUAGAUACAUUUUGAUUGAUAAAUUGGUUUCAAUACAAAUGGGAAAUUAUUUCAAUAAAUGUAUAUAUAAAAUAUUUUAUAGUUAAGUUUGAAGUUAUCAAAUGUCGAUCAUCGAUCUGUUCAUUUAGAAUGGAACAAGCCACAAGAUAUUCUAGAGCCCCUUUUCAAAUUAGUUAUGAAUGAAAACAAUAAGAAUGAUGUAGUUAUAUACAGAGGAUUUCAUAACUACUUUUGUGUUAAAAACUUAUCUGGUGGUCACAAUUACAAAUUUAAGCUGGAGGUGGAGUCACAUAAUGUAAGCUCGGAGAAUUCAGUGGUUGGGAUAGCCACAGUCAGUUGUACCACAAAAAAUGACUGUCCCAGUAUCACCGCAUUUCAUCAUAGUGCCUAUCAAAAUUUACCAUUGCUCUUUCGGGAAUUCUUAGACACAAGACCUCACGAUAUAAACAUUUACAAUGAGUUGGGUGAGAGUGGUCUGUCCAAAGCCUGUGCAGCUGGCCAUAAUGAUAUGGUACUUACUUUGUUGCAAUACGGAUCAGAUGUAAAUUUACCAAAUAUGUUCACUAGAAUUACACCACUGAUGACUGCUGCUUACCAUGGACACGGUGACAUAAUAAGAAUAUUGGCUCGCAAUGAUGCCGAUGCUACAUUAAAAGAUAUAAAUUCAAAAACAGCACUUCAUUAUGCAGUCGAUGGAUCUCAUAAUGAUGCAGUUAAGAUGCUUCUGGAAGGAAAUUGGGGUGAUGUCAAUUCCGUAGACUCUAAAGGUUGGACUCCAUUAAUGAGAGCAGUAUUGAUGUUUACCAAUUUGGAUGUGAUCAAGACCCUUAUUUCAUAUGGUUCAGAUUUAAGUAUUAAAGAUAAAAAUGGUCAAGAUAUUUGGCAAUUGGCUCAUUUAUCAAAUAAUUGGAAAGCUCUAAAAAUAUUACCAGAUUAA